UUAAAAAUCAGUUUCCAAAAUGAAACGUCCAAACAAUGCCAAGGAAUGGGUUUGCUGUGUCCAGAUGAUUCAGUUGCCACAUCUAAAUUUGACGUGAACACGAUGUACAGUAUUCUGAGAAAUCAUGCAAUUAACAUCAAACCUCCAACAAACGGAUGGGGCAGAAAACCUGAUCUUGGGAAAAGACCAGCUGAUGACCUAGAAAGAAUCCGUUUCUACAGAAAUUAUGUUCUAUGGGAAAAGCCAAAUGCCAUGCUAAUGGAGAAAAUAGCACUGGAUUAUAAUUGGAAAGACCUUUCUGAGGCAAUUAUAAGACUUAGAAAUGGAAGACUUGAAAAAGAUAUAAUUAGUUUGAGAAAAAGAUCUGAUAUUUACUUGCGGGUGUUGAAUAAUACCUGCUCAUCUUGUCCGCCAGGAAUAUAUUUUUGAUAUCAAAAAUAAACUUUUUAUUCAGAACUAAAUGAUGAAUGACGGUUGUUACUAAAAAUAUCUUUUGGAAUGAACUUUCUGUGUCUGAGAA